GCUGGCACGGCGUAAAACACCAAUUUCCCCCCCCUCACUUGUGUGUUUUGUUAUACUAUGCAAAGUCUUGGCCAAUAUCUAAUCAAUGCAGGGCAGUGUAUGUGUACGUGAAAGAAAGGGACUGAGAUAUAAGGAACAGGCGAGAAAGAGAGUGUGGAUGUGCCUGUACAUGUAUGUGGAAGAAGUGGGUGUAUAUAUCAACAGUGCGAACUUUAGCGUAUGGGUGUAUCAUCAGUAAAUGUUGAAUAAGUGGCGACCAUCAUCAAGUCAAAAUCCUACUGUACUAUUACUUAGAAAAUGAGCGAAUUGCUCUCCUAAAGUAUGGGGUCUAACAGUGUACCUAUGACGGGAAUAUAUUUAUAGAAAAGUUGUUAUCAGUUGUUUGAAUAAUCUAAGGCCGCUCAAUAUUUUCUGUCCUAUCAGUAAGCAGCUACGGCACUUGAAGAUCGUCUUGUCAGCGGUUGUCACAAAGUUUUCGUCUAUUUCGUCUUAUAAUAUUUUGAUGUGAAGCUGCCAACAUAAACGAUUAAAGUCAGACAGGAUGUUUGCUGUAAGAAUGAAGAAAGGACAACCCCUGCACCUAAGUUCUUCUCCGAUGCUGUAUGUUGUCUGGUUGUUUCUCUGUCUGCUGACUGUCCGAGCACAAGACGGCAAAGUCACGUGCUCUGUACCACCAGUGGAAGAGUUUCAUGACACAGUACUGACAUGUCACUUCCCCGACGACCUGAGUGUUUCCAAUAAAGACUUUACGGUCUACCACUACAGAAGCAAUGACAGUCCAGAAGCUGUACUAGACUGUUGGUGGCUUAGGGGUGUUGUUCACUGCUCCAUACACCCAGACUUUGUGUACAACAACAUCGUCAGCCGGACACUGAGUAUUACAGUUCGUCACGUGACGACUAAUCACACCGGCAGCUACGCCUGUCAGAUCGCCAACUACGACCCCAGGUUCUUGGAGAUGUGCGAGUUGAUCAUAAAACCGGGCAUAGAAAACACAUGCUCUAUUACUAAAGAAGAAUCGCAAUCGAAAGGAACUCUGACCUGUUAUUUUAGCGAAGACAUUGGAAAAACACAGAGAAACUUUACUGUAGUCAAGUCUCAUGGCCAGAGCAUGACAGAGGUCACUAAGUGUUGGUGGGUGGAUGGACAUAAUCACUGUAAGUUUACCGAUGGUUACAUCAACAUCUCCAGCGUGUCAUCCUAUUACACUGUUUUAAUAUCGGAAGUGAAAAUAGAGAAAGAAGGAAACUACUCCUGCUGGCACUCAGGAUCUGACACUAACCAGGUGAAUUCGUGUCUCCUUCACCUGUCUGAAGAAGGAGUAGACGAAGAGCAAAGUAGCGGCCUCCUGUUGAUCGUGCUGAUACCAACGUUGCUGGGUGUAGCUGUAGUAGUAGCUGUAGCUAUCGUCUUAUUUCUGAAAUACAGACGAAAAUGUUUUUCGUCAUCUAAAAAACACACCGAGUCUGAGAACCAGCAGCAAUCUACUCCUAUGUUAAAGCUAGCAAUAAGUCAUAAAGAUGACCUCGGGGCUGAAGCGCAGGGCCCCUUCGAGAGCGGGGCCUGGGGCGGCCGCCCCAUUUGCCACCCCCUCACGCCGUCGCUGACUAAAACACCAUCACUUACCAAUGAAAAGAAUACAAUUCUUAAUGCACUUCAAACUAUAGAGAAAGAUGAAAGACUUCAUUAUAAUAAAAAGACCUCACUUAUGAAAAAGGAGAAGAAAGAAAGAAAGAAGGUGACAGAAGAUUUCCAGGAAUAUCUGGAGAAAUCAGUCAAGGACAUGUACCCAGACAUCACGGGAACAUUCUAUUUUGUGCCUCCCGUGUACUUCAACAAAACUCAUUACAGAAAGAAACUCGUGAUUGGAGAAGUCACGUGGGUCCCGGACACUCCUACUGACAAUGACGUCAGACACGAUCGAGCCAUGCAGCACGUCAUCCACUGCCUACGUCACCUGGCGGAACGCAGACAGGAGAAAAUGUUUGUGCUUACACAGUUGACCUUUGACGCCUAUUUAAACAAUGUAAGUACAGAGUAUGUCACACAUCGUCUGCCCACUGCAGACAGCAACAUUAGUAACAACAUUGACCUCCUCAUCAUCCAUCAAAAACAUGGCGUGUUGGUGGGAGUGGUGAAGACCGUCAGUGAUGACGAUGUCAGAGGUCAAGACAAUGAAGAGAAAGCGGGUGAAAUGAUAAUUCUGCAGGUCAAAGAAGGCCUUCAACAACUGGAUGAGGCCGUUUGUACAAUGAAUCAUCUGACGUCAGACCAGAAAUCAGUUAAAGUUCGAAAAUUUCUGAUGUUGCCCAGACUUUCUCGUUCAUCACUGAACCGUGCUGUGGCCAGUCAACCUGACCAGUUUGCGAACUACCCCGAGAUUGAGAUGUCUCUAUGUGCUGAUGACCUGUCUGCUUCCAAUGCUCCCUGGGAUAUCAGUUCUGACCACCUUGAUAAAUUAAUUGAGUGGUGGCAUAAGAUGAUGGACAAAACUAGCGAUGACCACAAUCUGACCACGAAACUGUACCUGAGACUGAUAUCAAGGUUUUGUGGACCAGCGACUCAGCCCUCACUCCAAACACAAGAUGAUCCCUUCGUUUUGCCGAAGACUCUGGCGGAGGCUGUUUCAGUGACAGGAGACCUCUAUAACCGCCCUAUGCUUUCUCAAGACAUGAUGGACUUACUGAGGGAAAAAAGAUUGUUUCUUGUUGGACCAUCAAACACCUGCAAAACGUGGCUGCUGACGAUGGUCGGCAAGAAAUGGAUAAAAAGCGGCCACGAGCUGCACGUGUUCUGCGGCAGCGCAUCGUCGAGUAAAUCAUUGAAACACGCUUUUCGUGAAGAACUGAGGCCAGCGUCUGGUAUCAAUGACAAUGACACAUACUCGCCUAAAAAAGUCAACGUGGAACCUCUUAAUUUUAGUAAUGAAAAGGAGAUACAUAAAGCUGUGAAAAAGUGUAUAUGGAUGAAACAAGAAAAAAAUGUUUAUGUGGUUGCAGAUGACGUUGAUGUCAACAGUAUUUCGUAUAGAAUCUGUUUCAAAAAGUUCUGCGAGUCUCUCAAAAGCCAAUGUCCAGAUGUUCAUCUGUGGGCCACAAGCAGCAAAGGCCAGGAAGAGGUUGACGGCUGGCAAGUAAAGACCUUCACCACACCUCUACACUGUCCGCCUGCUGUGGUCAGAGAAUGUCCGCCACUAGAGGCCAGCUACAGUCUUCCUGAGGUUACAAACACACAACAGGACAACUUCUAUCCUACAGAUGGUCCACCAGUGAAAUACUUCUACCAUAAGGAGAGUGCAAUUAGCUUGCAUGACUGUAAGGACUGUGGCAAAGAAGUGGCAGUAUUUCUUACCAAGCAUCUUUUGAGUAGAAAAGACACAAAUGUUGCAGAACACGAUGUCUUAUCAGAACCAAGUGCAACCAACGUAACCAAGAUAGAAGCUGAUAAAAAGUUUUCUGUCCUUCAAGACAAAGACCUUUUAGUCUUUUUUGAAAGUGGCAUAAAACAAGAAGAAAAGUUUGUAGAAGGACUGAGGGAAUCAGGUAUUUCAGUGGACACUGUGAGAGAUGAGGACGACCAGGUAUGUCAUUGUAGAAGAGACUGGCAGUGCAUGUGCCAUGCAUGUUAAUCAGCUUUAUAUGUACACACCCAGGAGGAAGAUCGUGUUGUACGUGGAAAGCAGUUCGGAGCCGUCUGAUCUUUCCUUGAAAUGGCUGGCGAUGACGAGCUGCACAUCACAGUUGAUUAUAGUUCGCAGGAAUCACUAAUAGUGUUCUGCAUGUAUUUUCUGUCCUUUCCUGUCCUUAAAUGAUAUAGCUGACAGUGAAAAAUGAUGGACUUUGUGUAAAAAAAGUUAGCUGCUUGCACUUGUAGUUGCUGUACUUAUGGCAACUGUAGAAGUCUUGUACGUUUCAAGUUAAAUUAUAUGUAUUACGAAUUAAUGGUGUAGCUGUCUGUGUGAGGUGUCCCUAUGAGCUUUGAUGUGGUAUGUGACCCCACCUGACCUGCCAGUGACUACCAGGCAGCUUUGACUAGAGCCGCCUACACCGCUCUAGCAGGUGUGUGAGCGCGUGACAGACGCAAGCUUGGUACCUGGAAUUCUAGGUGUGAGAGAGCGCAUGUGUAAAAUGAAGAUGCUGGAUGUUUCUAGCUAACUUUUGCACAGUGUCUAUAAGCAGAGUAAGUUGGAGUGAGACAGUAUAGAGUUGAGCAAGCUAUUGAGGGUGUGUGACGCCUUAUAUUUUGUUGGGUGAGGCGUGUGUCGCCAUUAGCCAGGGGGUAUAUCUGAGGUCAAAGAUGUGAAGCGCGUGUCGCUGUUGAGGUAGCAGAAGUCGUUGCUAGGUUAGUCUCGGCAUGUGUCGCUGAUUUGCCAGUGAGUAUAAUACGUGGACAUUGUUGUACCAAACUGUAAAUAAGGUUCUUUCGUUCGAAUAUCUUCGACUGCAAAGACUCAGUUUCUUUGAGAGGUUGGCACCAUAGAUAAAGGACCCGAAACGAGCCAUUGACGACGACAUAGGCACCUGGUAGUCAUGCUUCGUCGCUUAAUCUAAUACGGAAAAACACUAUCAUAAUUUUACUGUAACAUGUGCUGAUUAGGUCUAGUUACAAUUAAAAAUUGGUAAUAGUGUUUCCUAGAGGAUUAAAUGUCGUAGUUUAACAAUUUUCCCCCAAGUUAUUUAUUGAUCUCGAAGUCGUACAGACGUCAUACAAAAGCUGUAAUUUUAUGUUGAAGAUCAAUCACAUUGCUUGAAAGAUAUGUUUUGGACUUCGUACCAUAUUUACUUCGUUUUACUUAUGCCAGUAGCUUGGUUACUUAUUAGUAUACCAAUAUGUAUUAGAAGUAUCUUAAAUGUUAAGUAAAUACUUCACUUUCUAUUUUUAUGACGUUGACAUUGUUUACAUUCCUUUAGUCAUGUGCGUAAUCCUAUACUAUAUCAGUGGUUCUUAACCGGGGUUCGAUCGAACCCUAGGGGUUCGGUGAGUCGGUCUCAAGGGUUCGGCGGAGCCUCCGCCACAGAG